CCCCGCCUUACUGAAGCCCACUGCCUUUACAGGGCCGUACCCAACGAAUCUAUCAUGACUUUCCGACCUCGGAACCCUUACUAUCUGCGAAUAUCUGAAAGACAUGUUCUGCCUCUCUAUCUUUAUUUGGACGACCGCCAUCUCGACUGGAUGUCAGACAGGAUUUUGCAACACGUAUUAGAGGAUCUUCGACCAAUCAUUGUAUCCAAACUGAGAACUGAAUCAGAGUUACAAAGGGGAUCUAAUAAGAAUGGAACGGUUGAAACGCACAGAGGAGAAGCAUAUCAAUUCUGUUACUUCCUCCGUAAGGCUCAACCCCAUUCAGUCCUUCUAAAAUCACGAACUUUCAUAACUGCUUCAAAGCAAUUAACAGUCUCACUACCUGCGGCACCGCCGAGCCCUAAAUCGCAGAAACGGAAGCCCAACACCAACACGGAGAAGUCGCGGAAAAAGCCAAAGACAAAAGGGAAAGGCAGAGCCAAGGAUGACAACGAUAACUACGAUGAAGAUGUCCGAGAAGAAGCAAUGGAACGCCCUACUCGUCGUUCCCGUAGGAAUAGACAAGUCGAUGAAGAUGUCGCUAUGGAUGAAGACAGCAAUCAUUCGCCGCCCGAUUCUUUGUCAUUAGAACUCGAAAUCGGAGAAGAAGAAAAACCCAAACCGAUGCUAAGGGUCGGGUACCAAGGUUUCGAUAUAUCUGAGCUUUGUCUCUGCAUUGUCGUAGAGCCUUGUCCUCCCAUCCGAAUGUCAUCCAUAGCUCCUCCAUUCUUGCGCGCACGGUCACAAACUCCCGCCUUGACCGGAAAUAGUAUGCCUCCACCACCCGUGCCGGAGGCGAACACUGCGCGUCGUGAAAAGACGCCCCUGUUUCUCCCCGAUGAACACGAGCGUGAGCGAAGAGAGACACCAGCACCGUUCCCAGGGAAGUACACUUCUGUGGCCCCUCCAAGCCAUGGUGAUGACGACGACGAUGGAUGGGGGAUGAUGGAGUUCAGCCAAGUUCUGAACGCGGUAGGAGAUUCUCGCGCCGGAGCCAUUGAUGAAGAUGAAGACAUGGACGGCGCUGUAUUUUUUGGUGAUGCCGACGAAGUCAAGGAGCUGUGAUUUAUCUUUAUUCCUAUUGUAUACUAGAUUCUACUGUUUUAGAUUUGCACGCACCCCUCUAUCUCAUGUUGUUACGUCCUCGUG